GCCCUUGGCCCCGCUGCGCGCGCUCCUGGCGCCCGAGUGAGCGCAGCGCGGGGCCGCGGUGGCCUGAGGCCUGCCCGCUGGGCCCUGUCGCUACGCAGCCUGAAAAACUGCGGCGUCCCAGGCAGAACUUGGCCUCGCGCCCGGGCGCUCUCGGAGCACCGAGGCGCGGCCCCGCGUGAAGCGCGCACCUGCCGAAGACGAAGCACGGGCAGGGGGUCCCAGGUCCCCCCAACGCCCCAGCCGCCUGUCGCCUGUCCUGUUAGCCAGCCCGGGCCACUUCCCGGAGGAGCGAGAUGAAGUACAAAGGGGCUUUGGGUGCCCUCACUGCUUCCAGCUGCCAUCUGAGGAGGCCAGGGAAAGGGCUCUUUGAGUGUAGAGAAGAGCUUGGUCUGGAAGCCCAGGUCCCCAGAUUGGCCGCAGAGGACCAAAUGCAGCUCAAGGUUGAUUGACACUCCUGUUUGCCUGCACUGCUUCUCGGACUGUUUAGCAAUGGUUUCCUGACUGAUCGCUUAAUUAGACAAAGAAGAAAGCAAGGGAGAAGAAAAUUCCUAAGUGGGCAUUUGGUUUCCUGCCUCUUGACCAACAUCCAGCAUCGUGUGCCCAGCUCUGGCACCCAGACGGUUGAAAGAUGCUCAUAGCGGCAAUGUGCUUAGCCCUUCUGGGCUGCCUGCAGGCCCAGGAAUUCAAGGGACAUGUUUCUAUAAUCCUGCUGGGAGCAACUGGGGACCUAGCUAAGAAGUACCUGUGGCAGGGACUGUUUCAGCUCUACCUGGAUGAGGCUGGGAAGGGCCACAGUUUCAACUUCCAUGGGGCUGCCCUGACAGCCCCCGAGCAGGGCCAGAAGCUCAUGGACAAGGCCUUGGAAUCCCUCUCCUGCCCCAAGGACUUGGCACCCAGUCACUGUGAUGAACUCAAGGGUCAGUUUCUACAGCUGAACCAAUACCGACAACUGAAGACAGCCGAGGACUAUCAGACCCUGAACAAGGACAUUGAGACCCAGGUCCGGCAGGAUGGGCUCUGGGAAGCUGGCAGGAUCUUCUACUUCUCUGUGCCACCCUUUGCCUAUGCAGACAUUGCCCGCAACAUCAACAGCAGCUGCCGACCACGACCAGGUGCCUGGCUGCGGGUUGUUCUUGAAAAACCCUUUGGCCAUGACCACCUCUCAGCCCAGCAGCUGGCUUCAGAACUUGGAAGCUUUUUCCAGGAAGAGGAGAUGUAUCGGGUAGACCAUUACCUGGGCAAGCAGGCCGUGGCUCAGAUCCUGCCCUUCCGAGAUCAGAACCGUAAGGCCUUGGAUGGCAUCUGGAACAGGCACCACGUGGAGCGCGUGGAGAUCAUCAUGAAGGAGACCGUGGACGCAAAAGGCCGAGCCAGUUUCUAUGAGGAGUACGGUGUCAUCCGUGACACACUGCAGAACCACCUGACGGAGAUCCUCACGCUGGUGGCCAUGGAACUGCCCCAGAACAUCAGCAGCUCAGCCGCCGUGCUACAGCAUAAGCUCCAGACCUUCCAGGCCCUGCGGGGGCUGCAGAAGACCAGUGCCAUCCUGGGCCAGUACCAGGCCUAUAGUGGGCAGGUGCGUCAAGAGCUGCAGAAGCCAGAUGGUUUCCAGAGCCUGACACCAACCUUUGCAGGUGUCCUUGUCCACGUCGACAACCUGCGCUGGGAGGGCGUCCCUUUCCUCUUGAUGUCUGGCAAGGCCUUGGACGAAAGAGUGGGCUACGUUCGGAUCUUGUUUAAGAACCGGGCAUACUGCACCCAGAGCGAGAGGCACUGGGCGUCUGCGCAGAGCCGGUGCCUGCCCCAGCAGAUUAUCUUCUACAUUGGACAUGGCGAGCUGGGCCACCCCACCAUCCUGGUCAGCCAGAACCUGUUCAAGCCCUACGUCCCUACCCAGAGCUGGACGGAGGUGCAGGGCCAGCCUGGGCUCCGCCUUUUUGGUCGUCCUCUGUCUGAUUACUAUGCCUAUAAACCUGUGCGGGAGCAAGAUGCCUACUCCACCCUCUUGUCUCACAUCUUCCACUGCCGAAAGGAGUCCUUCAUCACCACAGAGAACCUGUUGGCCUCCUGGGUCUUCUGGACCCCCUUACUGGACAGUCUGGCCCUCGAAGUUCCACGCCUUUACCCCGGGGGAGCGGAGAAUGGCCAUCUGCUGGAUUUUGAGUUCAGUGGUGGUCAGCUGUCCUUCUCCCAGCAGCAGCUAGAGGUGUUGAUGCCAGAGCUGGGGUCAGUCCCAAAGCCCAGUGACUUCCAGGUCCUCAGGGCCCAGUACAGAGAGAGCCCACUGAUCACUGCCUGGCCGGAGGAGCUGAUCUCUAAGCUAGCCGGUGACAUUGAAGCCACCGCAGUGCAGUCCGUACGACGCUUUGGCAAGUUCCACCUGGCACUGUCAGGGGGUUCCAGCCCCAUAGCCCUCUUCCAGCAGCUGGCCACAGGGCAUUACAGCUUCCCCUGGGCCCACACACACCUUUGGCUGGUUGAUGAGCGCUGCGUCCCUCUCUCAGACCCAGAGUCCAACUUCCAGGGCCUGCAGGCUCAUCUGCUGCAGCACGUUAGGGUACCCUACUACAACAUUCACCCCAUGCCGGUGCACCUGCACCAGCGGCUUUGUGCUGAAGAGGACCAGGGGGCCCAGACCUAUGCCAGCGACAUCUCAGCCCUGGUGGCCAACAGCAGCUUUGACCUGGUGCUGCUGGGCAUGGGCACUGAUGGGCACACAGCCUCCCUGUUCCCACAGUCACCCACGGGCCUGGAUGGAGAUCAGCUGGUGGUGCUGACGGAGAGCCCUUUCAGGCCAUACCAGCGCAUGAGCCUCAGCCUGCCCCUCAUCAACCGUGCCAAGAAGGUAGCUGUCCUGGUCAUGGGGAGGACAAAGCGUGAGAUCACCAUGCUGGUGAGCCGGGUGGGCCAUGAGCCCAAGAAGUGGCCCAUCUCCGGCGUGCUGCCUCUUUCUGGACAGCUGGUUUGGUACAUGGAUUACGAGGCCUUUCUGGGAUGACAGGCGUACCCUGGUCUCAGUCACUAUCGAACUUUCUGUCACCCACUCAAUGUGCCCCAGCUGUCCCGAGCCUGGUACCAGAGUCAGGCCCCAGAGAAGGGAGAUCGAAAUUCUGCCCUGCUUCCUGGGCCCACUGGUUCUGUGUAAUUAUGGUGCCUGGACACAAAAACAAGGCAGAACUCGGACCUCUGCUUUGGAGAUGCCUCGAAACCCAGACAGGAGGGAAACUCUGAGGCCUCUCUCAGUUACUCGUCAGUGUCUGCAACGCAGAAUAAGACAGGGAGAGGCUGCACGUUAAAGAACCAGUGUGUGUGUGCAGACUGGCCGGUGGUCCUGGGACCGGUUUCUGUAGGAAGAGGGGCCGGAGUUGGUGGAGAGAAGGAUGCAGACUCCUGGUGAGUGGGCCAGGCAAGAAGAGUAGACACAAUCCUGGGAUUGCACUGGGCAGCUUGCCUCUUCUGGAAUCCCGUCAUCCCUCUGUGCAUCUAGCUGACGUCUGGUCCUUGCUCAGGCAGCUUCUACCUCCUCAGUGCCUGACAGCCCUGUUCUCUCCAUUCCCAUUGCCCUCAGCCUCUCCCUAUAUACAAAGGAGAGACAGAUACAGACACUGCCUUGUCAACCCCCCCCCCCCCCAUCUAAAGACCUGGGCUCCCCUUUCCCCACUGAGAUCUGUUCUGCCCUCAUGGGGCCACAGGUGUCUCUGAUCUAUUAGAUAGGGUGCUCUGUCUGCUCCUGGGGAGAUGACUACAGCUCACAGCCUCUUCCUGGAGUGUAUGUGGCCAAUUCCCAGCACUAGGGGGCAGGCUGCAGCUAGCCCUCAUCACACUACCUCUCUAGGGGCCCCAAGCCUGGCAGCUGACUCUGUGGGUGUCUUCACCUCUCUUCACCACUAACCUGGUACCACUGGGACCAGGACAGACUGCUCCUAACUGCAGCCUCCUCCAGGGCCUCUGCAUUUUUAUUUUUUAAAAGAAAGCCAACAGCAUAAAGCAAACUUCUCAGGGUACGUGAAGCUUUUGUUUUGUCCUCCUGCUUAGUCACAUGGACAAGGCAGGGCAUAGAAGGGUUACCAUGGCCCCUGCCUCCCAGUCACGCUCUGUCGGUCACACAGAGUCUCAGUCUUUCGGAAUUUUCCCAGAGAGGGGCUUUCAUUUGGUGAGGAGCAUCAGGAAAGCUGUUUCUCUACUUUUGACUGUACUUUCUCCCAGGCAGUGCAUGCAAGGACCCUUGCUUUCACUAGAGAUGUGUGCACAGUGUAGCCUGAGCUGGGGCUCUGUAUGAAAGGCACUCUUGUUAAAAUUCUGCUUCCUCUGGCCUCCAGUGACCCAGACUGACAGAACACCUCUAUUGCAAGAGAGCUACCCUGGGCAGAAAGGACGUGUAAUGCCCUGGGGCCCUUUUCUGGCUGGUGCUCACUUUUGUGGCUGGCAUCACAGGUAGUUGCAGUGAGGUUCCACUUUUGGCCAUGUGGGGGAGCUCACGUGCCACCACUCACAUUCCAUCCAGGAGGCAAGUUUAGUGCCAAACAUCAUCUCUUUGUUUUAUGCUCUGCCUCUCUGGCUUCUUAGCGUUCUCAUCUGUUCUUUAAGGGCUCAGUCCUCUGAAGUUUCAAAAUCAGAGAGAAAGGGACUUUGCAUGCCCCGGGAGAGAGGGUGAACAGGCUUUGUGUCACCAUGCUGAAUAACAGUGAGUCACUGCCCAGCCUGAGCUUAGAAUGUCUUGUUCUUACCCAGAAGAAUGACUCGCCUCUAUCUGUGGGGAGUUGCACAGGGGAGGCCAGUGUGGGGAAAUACCAAAGAUUUCCUUUCCGGAAGCAAGCACUAAUAAAACCGCGUUGGAAAGGUU